UCAAUCCCAAGCCACACUCCUCAAACUCUCUGGCAACCGCCACACCUCGACUCCCUUCUUUCCUCUAUCGUCUCAGCUCUAGCGCCUCCCACUGCAAAGCAACCACAAGCCAACACCGGACCACCUCGAGCCUCAGCCACCAUCAACCGAAUCAUCAUCAGUCGUCUUUUCUGGCAAUUUGCAGAGCCCGAUCCUUCAUUUUUGGAGGCGAGUCAAGCAAAGCUCAAAGAACAACUGGAUGUACGGGUUCAAGAACAAUGUGUCAAGAAUUCACGGGAUGAUAGGGCAUCAGAUUCCAACAAAGUGAGUCAGUACACAAGUUGGACUUGUGUUCCCAAAGUGUUCUUGUUAGAAAACGGUGGAUCGGCUAAAAGAAUUGAUGGCUUUGACGAAAUCGAUGGCAACUCUCCAAUCGAAACAAAGAAAAUGGGAAUGAGUGGUAUCAAGCCUAAUGCUGGCGAGUCAUCUUCAUCCUCAUUGUCGAGUGUUCGAAGAUGUCGAUCAAAAGGAAGUAGAGUUUUAUUGCAGUCUUCGGGUGUCGACACACCCUCCUCUGGAUCUCAAAACGACAGUGACAUUGCAGCUUGA